AUGCACACAGCAUCUUCAGAACUCUCUCAGGAUAUGGCCUUAAACAACAAAUCCAAGAAAACUAAUUCUAAUUCCCCUUCAAAUUUUUACUUCUUCACAACCCUUUUCUUCAUUGUUCUCUUCACUAUACCAGCUUUUUUCCUUCUCCACACCCCCACCACCACUUCUAUUUGCACCACCUUUACCUCCCACUCCUACCAAUCCAAAACCUGGUCUGGUGAUCUUACUUCAGCUGAAUUCUCAUGGAACAAGCUUCAAUUUUUUCAACACCAAAAACCACUUUCACCUCUUAAAAUUGCUGUUUUCACUAGAAAAUGGCCUAUAGCUACAACCCCGGGCGGCAUGGAACGCCAUGCCUACACUCUUCAUACUGCUCUAGCUCAAAGAGGCCAUAAAGUUCAUAUUUUUACAUCACCUCAAGAUGAAAAAACUUCAGAAACUCAACAAGGUAACUACCCUUUUAUCCAUUUUCAUGAAGGUGAAAUGGGAAAAUGGAGAUACAAUAAAGCAUGGGAACAAUAUGAGGAAGAGAACAGAAAAGAGCCUUUUGAUGUUAUUCAUUCAGAAAGUGUUGCACUUCCUCAUUAUGUAGCUAGGAACCUCUCAAAUCUUGCAGUGUCUUGGCAUGGAAUAGCACUUGAGAGUUUGCAAUCAGGUAUUUUUCAGGACUUAGCUAGAAGAUCUGAUGAACCAAUUUCACCUCUUUUCAACAAAAGUUUACAGGGUGUUGUACCUAAGGUGUUGAAUGAGAUAAGAUUUUUCAGAAGCUAUGCUCAUCAUGUUGCUAUUAGUGAUAGUUGUGGUGAGAUGCUACGGGACUUUUACCAGAUUCCGAGUAAAAGAGUUCAUGUGAUUGUGAAUGGUGUUGAUGAGGAUGAGUUUGGAGAAGAUGUUGAAUUGGGAAGAGAAUUUAGAAUCAAAAUCGGGAUUCCGAGGAACGCUAGUUUAGUUCUUGGUGUAGCGGGGAGAUUGGUUAAAGACAAAGGUCAUCCUCUACUUCAUGAAGCAUAUUCAAGGCUAAUAACAAAACAUCCUAAUGUGUAUUUGAUUGUUGCUGGUUCUGGACCAUGGGGGAGCAGGUACAAGGAUUUAGGAAACCAGGUUCUUGUUUUAGGAUCAAUGAGUCCUUCCAUGUUGAGAGCAUUUUAUAACGCGAUCGACAUUUUUGUCAAUCCAACACUUAGGCCACAAGGGCUUGAUCUUACUUUGAUGGAGGCUAUGAUGAGUGGGAAGCCUCUUUUGGCAUCAAGGUUUCCUAGUAUUAAAGGUACUCUUUUGGUUGAUGAUGAGUAUGGUUUCAUGUUCUCUCCUAAUGUGGAGUCUUUAUUAGAGGCACUUGAAGAGGUUGUAAAGGAUGGACCAGUGAGGCUAGCUAGGAGGGGAAAGGCUUGCCGUGAAUAUGCUGCCUCUAUGUUUACAGCAAAAAAAAUGGCAUUAGCAUAUGAGAGGUUGUUUCUAUGUAUAAAAGAUCAUACAUUUUGUAUCUACCCCUGA